AUGGAGUCGGACUUGAGUGACAUGAUGCAGAAAUUUUCUCUAGCAGGAAAUGAGCUCUCUGGAGCUACGCUGGACUUAGGGGACCUGGAAAGUGGUGUCAGGGAGUGUAAGGACAGCAUAAUAGGGAGGAUCAUGAGUGAAAAGGUAGCGAGUUUUACUGGGGUGAAAGGGUUUGCCACGGUAGCCUGGGGGUACCCCAAAAAUUUGGGGGUGGUAGAGCUAGGACCAAAUCUUUUCCAGUUCAACAUACCAAACCAUGAGGAUAGGGAAAGGAUCUUGGAAGGAGGGCUGUGGGUCAUAGAUAACCAAAUGUUGGUCUUGAACAGGUGGAAGGAAGGAAUAGAAGGAGAUGUGGAAGCGUUCAAAUUGGCUCCAGUGUGGGUGCAAGUGUGGAAUUUACCGAUGCAUUGGAUUUCGAAAGAGGUGGGUCGAAAGAUAGGGGCUGUUUUCAAACAGGUUAAGGAUGUUAUUAUUCCCCAAAUGGGGGGAAAGGAAGGAAGGCACUUGAAGAUAUUUGUGACUAUGGAUCUUUCUAAACCUCUUCUGAGAGGAACCAUAGUUAAAACUGAAGGAACAAUGAUAUGGGUAGCCUUUAAGUAUGAACGUUGUCCUGAUUUUUGUUAUAACUGUGGAUUUGUAGGGCAUGGUGAAAGGACAUGCACCAAACAGCAGGAAAGUUCAGGAAGGAAUGUGGAUAAUCAGUUUGGCCCCUGGUUGAGAGCAGGAAUAGUUAAAGGAAUUACUCAGACUAGGCAAACCAAAAAUGAUAUGGAUAAGGAUAAACGGUAUUGGAAGUUCCUGAAUGGGGAAUUAGUUCCUGAAUGGGGAAUUAGUUGA